AUGGCGGCGGUGGCGGCGCUGCCCCCGGGGCCGCUGUCGCCGCCCGGCCCCGCGGGGGACGCGGCGGCCGCUGAGGGCGCCGAGGGGCUCUUCGUGCUGCUGGGCGCGGGCAUGGCCGCCGCCAGCCACCCCCUGCUCUACGUCAAGCUGCUCGUGCAGGUUGGGCACGAGCCACUACCUCCAACUGUUGGAAGAAAUGUGCUGGGGAGGAAGGUCCUGUACCUGCCUGGCUUCUUCACCUACGCCAGACACAUCGUGGAAGUGGAUGGGAAAAGAGGCCUCUUCCGUGGUCUGACUCCUCGCCUCAUCUCAAGCACUUUAUCAACCAUCACCAGGGGGAGUGUGAAGAAGGCUUUUCCACUGGAAGAUAUGGAGCAUGUGUCUAACAAGGAUGAUGUGAAAACUUCCCUUAGGAAAGUGGUCAGAGAGACAUCCCACGAGAUGAUGAUGCAGUGUGUGUCCAGGGUUGUCUCACAUCCGCUGCACGUGAUCUCCAUGCGCUGCAUGGUCCAGUUCGUGGGCAGGGAAGUCAAAUACAGUGGUGUGUUCAGUGCCAUUGGCAGGAUAUUUAAGGAAGAAGGGAUCCUGGGAUUCUUUGUUGGUUUAGUCCCUCACAUCCUGGGGGAUGUCAUCUUCCUCUGGUGCUGCAACCUCGUGGCUCACUUCAUCAACACCUACGCGGUGGACGAUAACUUCAGCCAGGCAUCAGUGAUCCGGAGCUACACGAAGUUCGUGAUGGGGAUUGCUGUGAGCAUGCUGACGUACCCAUUCCUUCUCGUGGGAGAUCUCAUGGCAGUGAACAACUGUGGGUUGCGUGCCGGCCUCCCUCCCUACGCUCCUGCUUUCACAUCCUGGAUCCACUGCUGGAGGUACCUCAGUGCUCAGGGGCAGCUGUUCCGUGGCUCCAGCCUGCUCUUCCGCAGGGCUCCCAUCCCAGCUGCCUCCUUCCCCAUUGACUGACCCUCAGCAGGGACAGCUGAUGGACGUGGACUCCUCGAGAAACCCCGAGCUUGUUUCGAUAUGUGUAAUAUUUCUAUUCUCCGAUCCGAAGUCUGCGGUGCCAGAACUGACACCUCCUCUCCAGCAAGGCCAGUGACAGACUGGCUUCUGGACAUCUGGCUUCAGGCUCCAGCUGGACCAAAGCUCCAUCCUCAUGGCUGUCUCGACUGGAAUGUGUAGCAGAGAGAGCAGAAGGGCGUUGUCUUGUCUCUUUGGUCCAGGCUGUAGCUCUGGAGUCACUGGGGAAGUCCAGGAAUCCAGAAAAUGCCCAGGUACUAAAGGAGCCAGCCCUGAGAUGCAGGAACAAAAGACUGCUUCGUGCUGCCCGAGCUGAGAAGCAGCAGGAGCUCCAGGGUCACCUCACUGCAAAGGUUAUGCCAGGUGACCACCCUCCUGCCUCAUCCUUCUGGAGAGGGCACACCUUUGUGUGGCAGGGAGCUCAUCCUGGGCAAGAUCAACCUGGGAUCCAUAUUUAAGGUUUGAGGGUACCUGAACACCCUGG